AUGGAACAGGCUGACUUCCCGAAGAACACAUCGCGAGGGUUCGCGAGCUUGCCAUUAGAGCUGUUCCUCAACGUUCUCGAUCAACUUGUGGGUACCCACAACGGCCAGCAUCCUGUAGCGUAUGCACCGUCAAACAUCAUCACCAAGACGUUGUGCGCACUCACUCUGGUGUCGCGCAACACUUAUCUUAUAGCAACACAGUAUCUUUACUCACAUUGUCUGUAUCUGGACAGUUGCACGACCUAUGCGCGAUUUCGCAGAACACUCGGACUAAACCUGGGGCAUCACCCACAAGCUCUCAACUAUGGAGAAGCCGGGCGAAACGAAGAACUGUUCGCGGAAGCCCAGGCACUCCGCCAUAUAACAUCCAUAUUCAUCUCACCAACCGAGGUGCGCAGGCUGAUCGAAGGCAACUACACACCUUUGGUGCGACUACCACAAAUAAUAGACCUUUGCCAUCUGAUCGGGAAAUCACUCAAGAGACUGGCUCUAGACCUCUCUCCAAUUUAUGCACCACCAAGUGAGGUUGAGCAAAUCAGGCCGCAUAUUACCGAGAACAGGGUCUUUUCACACAUGUUGCACCUCGAAGAGCUCAUUGUCAGCUACGAUGUGGUCAACUACUUUCGACAUCCACCGCCCAAUCUCAAACGGCUUGCCAUCACUACUCAAGAGAUGUCGGAUCUAGAAAUAGCGUUCUGUCUCAAGACCCCAUCCUUGCAAACGCUUGUGAUGAUGCGACCCGUCAAUCUAGCAGCGAAAGACAUCGACACGAUAUUCAGAUCAUACGACGGGAAAAGCCUGGACGUCGUUUUGGUCGAUGUGAACUCGAACCAUCGGACACCAAACAAGACCCGGAACUGGACACAUCAAGAUACAGUACGUAUCUGGGAAGCUGAUGUACCGGUCAGCUUUUACGGCGAUGAGGACGACAUCAUUUUGUGCGAUGCCUGGAUAUGGAAUCACGGAGUAGGUGGUACCCUAUGGAGUCAAGACAAGCGGCGGAUGGCAUCAUGGGAAGAGAUUGAGAAGCGUCCGGCCGGACCAGUACACACCAUUGUUGAUUUGUAG